AUGGCGGCGGGUAGCGGGAGGCGGCGGGGAGUGCUGCGGCUGCUGAUGCGGAUCGGGUCGGUACUGCUUACGCGUUUCCCGUUCUGGCACUGUCUCAGCGGCCUUCUCCUUAAUGCCGAGCGCGCAGAGGUUCGUCGGAAACCAGACAUCCCUGUCCCAUUUCUCUACUUUGACAUGGGUGCAGCAGUGUUGUGUGCCAGCUUUAUGUCCUUUGGUGUGAAACGCCGAUGGUUUGCUCUGGGGGCUGCUCUCCAGUUGGCUAUCAGCACCUACGCAGCAUAUGUUGGAGGCUAUGCACAUUAUGGAGACUGGCUGAAGGUGAGAAUGUAUUCACGAACAAUAGCCAUAAUAGGUGGACUUCUGAUCUUGGCAAGUGGUGCUGGUGAGAUCUACCGGCAGAAACCACGGAACAGAUCAUUGCAAUCUACGGGGCAAGUUUUCAUUGGAAUCUACCUCAUCUGUGUGGCCUACUCUCUUCAGCACAGCAAAGAAGACCGCCUGGCCUAUCUUGGUGGUGUCCUGGGUGGGGAGAUCCUCUUACAGCUUCUCUUCGUUCUCUACGGUGUCCUUGCUCUCUCCUUUCUAUCUGGUUAUUACAUCACCACAGCUGCUCAGAUCCUGUCGGUAAUUCUCCCUCUGGUCAUCCUCUUCAUUGAUGGCAACCUUGGCUACUGGCACGAGUCUCGCAGAGUUGAAUUCUGGAAUCAAAUGAAGUUGAUUGGCCAGAACGUUGGGGUUUUUGGGGCCUCCAUCAUUUUGGCCACGGAUGGCUGAGCAUAACCCAGGGGACUUGAGGAACUUUGCUUGAUUCCAGGCCAGGGAGAGGAGAAGACUUCCAGAGAAGGGACUGGGAUGAUUUUAAUUAAUUGCUUAUUUA